UAAUUCAAUGGCCUGACAGUUAAUAAUUUACAAUUACUUAUUUAUUAACUUAGUUGGCAAUUUGUACAAUUACAUGACUAUUUAUUCCAUUCAACAAAAACUUAUUUUGCGCCGUUAUAUAUGCCAUCAUGUGCAACGCUACUGUUCUGUUUCAGUAUCCAUUAAACGCGACAUUGUAGCAAUUUACUAGCAACAUUCCCAUUGAUAUUUUGUAGCUGAUCGUCACUAGCUAGUAUUCUUUCCCUCCGCAGCUUCCCAGACGCGUCUACUAUAAAGGAAGUUGGGGAGGCUGUGCUCAUUACUCUCACUGACUAACAUUUUCAAAAGCGUUCGCAGGGGGAAUUCUUUUUUUGGCAUGACACUGUUAUUCAAAUACAGGUCGUAGGUGAAAUGCAGCAGAAGGUAUGUGCCAGGAUGACCUCUCUCUUCACUGAGAAUGGGCAGGCUUGUGGGGCAUCUGCUGACCCCCAGCUCCCAUUCAGGUGCCCUCGGUGUGGGGAGCAUAAGAGGUUCCGUAGUCUGGCCUCCUUGAGAGCCCACCUGGAAUACAGCCACAGCUACUACCACACCAUGCACGAGCUGAGCCUUCCGACCCGCAGGGGGCAUUCUCACCCAGAGAGAGCCCUGCACGGACGCUCCCUGAGUGACACACGAGAGGUCACUAUCUGCAUAGAGGGGUGUCGUAUGCCUAGUGUGGGGACGCAGGCAGCUGAGGAGAUAAAGACGGAGGAGGAAGAGGCCAGUAAAGAUGGUCUCAAAAUCCACAAGUCCAGCCCUGGGACAGAUCAUAUCCCUUCCCCCUUUCUAUUUGACGAACCUCCAGACCCAGGCAGCAAGCUUGAGGUAGUGUUUCCAGAGCGGAAUGUCUGUACCGAGGAGAUGUCGCUCCAGUGUAGGCUGGCCAAGGUCCUACGAGCAGUGGACAGCACCAUGCAGAGGAGGCUGCACAGGGUCAGCACGGAGCUUGCCAAGACGGACACAGAGCUGCUGUGUGAGCGUGCCCUCUUCCAGCACCUGGAGCAGGAGAGGCAGGAGGUACAGGAGAAGGAGAGGGCGCUGAGCCGGCAGGUGGACGUGGCCGUGAUGGUGAUUGCCACGCUGAAGGAGCAGCUGAAGGAGUCAGAGUAUGAGCUGGAGAGGCGAGAACAAGAAGUCAUCACCAUUCAGAAUUUCCUUGAGGCUGCCACCCAGCAUGAGAUAUGUGGUAAAGUUCGGAUCCGAAGUUUCAUUGAGAACCUGCUCAAACGCAUCGCCCUGGCUGAGAGGCUACUGGAGUACUAUCAGAGCUCCCCCAGUCCACCAAACUACACAGAUUACAUGCACCAGACAGCUGAAAACAGACCUCAUAGAAUCCCCAAAAGCAGGUCAGCGGGUUGUCAGCUGUCACAGUCCUGUCCCCAGGAAGGUAGAACGCACCCCUCCCAGGUAGGACGGAAAGUGGGUCACUCUGGCUACUUCAGACCUGAUCGCAGAGAUGAAGUCUGGACCCAGUGCAGCAAAUCAGCUGGAUUUGAGGACUAGGUAACCUGACCAGGGCCGACAAAUGAAUGUAAUAUAUGAUAUGUAUUUACUCAAUGUAUAGCUAAUACUGAGCAGGGUUGCAUCAAAGUCUUUAUGGCCAUGUGUACGCUGGUUUUUGCUCCAUUCUCAAAUCUUAUUUUGUCACAUGCUUCGUAAACAACAAGUGUAGGCUAACAGUGAAUUGCUUACUUCAGGGCCCUUCCCAACAAUGCAGAGAGGGAAAAAAGAAAUAAUAGAAACAUUUAUAAAUACACAAUGAGUAACAAUAACUUGGCUAUAUACACAGGGUACCAGUACUGGGUCUAUGUGCAGGGGUACAAUGUAAUUGAUGUAGGUAUGUACAUAUAGGUAUGGAUAAAGUGUCUACGCAACAGGAUAGAUGAUAAACGGUAGCAGAGGCGUAUGUGAUGAGCGCAAAAAGGAUCAAUGCAGAUAAUCAAUAGCUACCCGGACUAACUAUUUAACUAACUAUUUAGCUGUCUUAUGGUUUGGGUUAGAAGUUGUUCAGGGUCCUGUUGGUUCCAGACUUGCCAUGCGGUAGCAGAGAAAACAAUCUGACCUGGGUGGCUGGAGUCUAUGACAAUUUUUAGGGCCUUCCUCUGACACCGCCUGGUAUAGAGGUUCUAGAUGGCAGGGAGGUUGGCCCCAGUGAUGUACUGGGAUGU